AUGCUGUGCCGGCUCGGCGGUGGGCGGCUGCGGCCGCUGCCCGGCCUGCAGCCCGGAGCCCGGGGCCCGCGGUUCGCUCCGGUCCCGACCCGCGGCGUCACGCCCUCGGUUCUGCCGGCGCGGGCGGUGGCCUCUGUGUCCGCCGUGAACCCGGGCGACGCCGGCGGCUGGUACGAGGCGCUGGCCGCGUCGGCGCCCGUGCGAGGCGCGGAGGACAUGCUGCUCGCGGCGCACGGCGUCUCGGGCCUGCCCUGGUGGGGCAGCAUCCUCCUCACCACCGUGGCCCUGCGCGGCGCCGUCACGCUGCCCCUGGCGGCCUACCAGCACUACAUCCUGGCCAAGGUGGAAAAUUUGAAGCCAGAAAUACAAAAUAUUGCACAACACCUUAACUAUGAAGUUGCAGUUCGUGCAAAACAGUUGGGGUGGUCCAAAAGAGUUGCCAGGUUCACUUAUCUAAAGAAUAUGCAGAGGCUUGUUUCAGAGCUGUAUGUUCGGGAUAAUUGCCACCCUUUCAAAGCCACAGUGUUGGUCUGGAUUCAGCUUCCAAUGUGGAUCUUUAUGUCUGUUGCUCUGCGGAAUUUUAGCACAGGAGCAACCCAUUCAGAAGCAGGUUUUUCUGUGCAGGAGCAGUUAGCGACUGGUGGGGUCCUGUGGAUUCCUGACCUCACUGCACUGGAUUCCACUUGGAUUCUGCCUAUCUGCAUUGGUGCCAUCAAUUUAGUAAUAGUAGAGAUUGUUGCUCUACAAAAGGUGGGAAUGUCUCGUUUUCAGACGGGUGUUACCCACUUUGUUCGGGGAAUAUCCGUGUUGAUGAUUCCAAUUGCUGCGACAGUACCUUCGUCACUUGUUCUCUACUGGUUCUGCUCCAGCUUCAUGGGCCUUUCACAGAACUUGCUGCUGCGUUCUCCUAGGUUUCGCCAAUUCUGCCGUAUACCAUUGACCAAGGGAGAUUCAGACACUCCUUAUAAGGACCUCUUUGCUGCUUUCUACGCCAAGUACAUUUCCAGAAAAUAA